AUGGUUUCUCCGUCAUAUCAAGCAGUACCUUCGGAUGGGAUUGCUGAUCCGACCGCUCCCUACUUGCAUCGUAGGAAGUUCCUCGUGUGCAUAGCCGUCUGCCUAUUCGCGUUUGGGACAUACAUAGUUGGAGAGCGCGCAUUUGCUUUUUUUGAAAAUCACUACCACCCUCAUUGGACACUUGGUGCUGACCAUCAGAUUCCGCACUCCGCAUCACUAGUGCAAUCGCAGUUGUCGACUCCACCCGCUCCGUCACCGACUGAAACCCUGGUCAUGGCGGCGCCAGGCAAAUACAGCGUUGGCUAUUUUGUUAAUUGGGGAAUCUAUGCUCGCAAGUUUCCACCAACACUGAUUCCAGUACAAGAUCUUACUCAUAUACUCUACGCCUUUGCUAAUGUGAGGGCGGACACUGGCGAGGUUGUCCUAUCAGACGUGUGGGCAGAUAAAGAUAUUCACUACCCGGGAGACUCCUGGGAUGAACCCGGAAACAACCUCUAUGGCAACUUUAAGGUUCUCCACAAGCUCAAGCAGCGGAAUCGUCACCUCAAAGUUCUACUGUCCAUUGGAGGCUGGACAUACUCCCCUUCUUUUCAUCCCGUCGUCGUUCACGCUGUCGCCCGUGCAACUUUCGUUAAAUCUGCCGUUAAGCUCUUGGAGGAUUAUGGCUUAGAUGGAUUGGAUAUCGAUUAUGAAUAUCCAUCGAGUCGUGAGCAAGCAGCUGGAUACCGCGAGCUUCUAAAAGAACUCCGGAUGGCUCUCGAUCAGCACUCUCGGAACAAGGGCAUCGUCCACAAGUUUCUGUUGACUGCGAGUAUUGCAGCACCUUGUGGCCCCCAGAAUUACAAGGUGCUAGACAUAAACGGAAUGGACCCCUACCUUGACUUCUGGAACUUGAUGGCAUAUGAUUACUCAGGGCCCUGGGACAGCAUUGCAAAUCAUCAAGCAAAUGUUUACGGACCACCAAUCAAUUCGGCAGAUGCAGUGUCUUGGUACAAGGCCCAUGGCGUUGCGCCACAUAAACUCGUACUGGGUAUUCCUCUGUAUGGCAGGAGCUUCAUGAAUACGACUGGCCCUGGCACUCCGUUCUCUGGGUUGGGGCAAGGUAGUUGGGAACAAGGCGUUUACGACUACCGCGCCCUUCCUCCCCCUGGUUCGUACGUAUUUCAGGACAACCGCACAAUGGCGAGUUGGUCGUACGAUUACCAAAGGAAAGAAAUGAUCAGCUUUGAUAACGAAGCGAUCGCAGCGAUGAAAGGUCGAUGGAUUCGCGAGCAGGGGCUGGGAGGAAGCAUGUUCUGGGAGCUCAGCGGUGACAAGGGUCCCCAUAAAGAAGGGAUGGAAGGUGGGCAUGGCAAGGAUCCUAUUCCAGGGGCGGGCCUCGUGAGGACCGUCAAAGACGCCAUGGGUGAUUUGGAUUACAGUCCCAACUGGCUCAGAUAUGAGUGGAGCCAGUUCCACAACUUGAGGAAUGGGUCUAUCUGA